GGAGGCCGGCCAUGUGCCAAGUUAAUUUACUAAAUUUGUUUUGACUACAUUUUACUGAUUUGCCGCUAUGUUAAUGCCGCCAGAGCGUAUUGAAUACUAUAACAAUAGCCUGGGGCAACAUCUUCGGCAAUUGCUCACCUCCUUAAGGAGUUACCAUGCCUUGAAGGCCGUAAAAACAGCAGAUUUGCCGAAUCAAGCGAGCCGCUUGUGGGAACUGAAUCAGAGAUAUCGCUUGGUUAAGGGUAAAAAUGAAGCGGCAUCGAUUUCCCUACUUUCUGCCUGCCAAGAAGUCUACAACGCUCUUUACGACAGCAUAUUAAGUCUAGUAGCAGAGCUAGAUGAGAUAUACAUGCAAGUUUUGGAAUUCGAAAACGAAUGCCUGGAACUGAGAAAAGAACAAGGUGCAUCAUCGAACCCAGUCUGCUUAAGAGAACUCCUUGAUUUCAUCGAAGAAUCCCAGACAGCUUUGAAAAAUCAAACGAAAUAUUUGGAACUGCAUCUGCGGGAGCUUCAUCCAAAGUUUGGACUUGGAGAAUCUGCUCUCGAGGCCUUCCAGGUCGAUAUCCAGCUGCCGGAGCACGUAGAAGCCCAUAUUGCAUUUGGCUUGGCCAAAAUCGAACGAUUAUUAAGAUAUCCCUUGGAUUUUAUACAAAUAACACAAAAGACUGGACAAAUAGAGUUGGGGAGUUGAGCUGAAAGUA